AUGCCACCCUUGACUGGAGCUCGUGCUAGAGAUGUUGCUCAUGCUGCUGAGGUUACUGCCGAAAGUGCUGCUUCCGCUAUUCACAUAGCCGGUACCAUUGGAGUACGUAGGCGGCCUCCUUGGAUUGGUCGCUUCUCUAGUCUAGAUGGUGCAAAUGAGGGAAACAUUGCUUACCAUCCAUGGUUAUCAGCUUCCUUCUGUGCCAGUGGCACUAACAGCACUAGCAGCACUAGUGACACCUCCUCUGGUAGUGGGAAGUUGAGGCUGGCAGAGGAGACUUCCUCCUCUUCGGAUCUAGUUUUGAGUGGGGAUGAUGAUAAGACUAGCAGCCCUGAGGAGAUAGCGAAUAGGCACUCUAAGUCCGAGAAAGGGGAUGAUGAUGCUGGCUCGAAGUUAGAGAGUGGAGAGGAGGCCGAGACUGAUUCUGGUUCCGGCAGUGGAGAGGAUGAUGUCGGCUCUAGCUCUAAGUCCCACCCUUCUGAUGAUAGUGGUGCUGAUGGUGAUAGUGCCCCUGAGUCCCCUCUACGGAAGAAGACUCUCGAGCUUGACUCUGAUUUUGGUAAAGCCCUGUAG